CAAAAACAGAUUGGGAUGACCAAUUUUUUCUAUUUUUUGGAAAAGCUAAAAAACCAAAAAAAUAAUAAUAAAAGAGCAGGGUAGCUUCUUUCCUUUGUGCGUUUUUACCCCUAAAGUAAGGCUAGCUCAGAUAGUUAAAUGCACUAAUCCAACUGAGAUCUGAGAGUGUAGGUAGUAGUAGCAAAACACCAUGUUAGAAGGCAAAGCUCUGAUUGAAGAUACAGAUAUGCCAGUGAAGAUGCAGAUCCAAGCCAUGGCCUGUGCUUCUCAAGCUCUUGAUGUUUAUGAUGUUUUAGACUGCAAAUCCAUUGCUGCUCACAUUAAGAAGGAAUUUGACAAGAAAUAUGGAGGUGGAUGGCAGUGUGUGGUGGGAUCAAACUUUGGGUGUUUCUUUACUCAUACUAAAGGAACAUUUAUCUAUUUCACCUUGGAGACUCUUAAUUUUCUCAUCUUCAAAGGAGCAUCUUCUCCUCCAUCUUCUCCUUGAUAGGGGUAAUUUGGUUGCUCAAGAAAGGAAGAAAAUGAGGAGAUGUAGUUACUUUUAGUUAGGUUAUUCUCUUGUUCAUAGCCACCUCCCCCUUUUUGACUUCAAUAUGUUUUCUUUUUUACUACUACUGAAUGCAAGAUCUGGAGAUUGAGGUAUUGAGAAAACCAAGAAGUUUUCAUGAAUGAGAAGACUGCCCUGCUUAAACUGGAUUUUCUUCCUUUUCUUUUUCUGGCCACUAAAAGCCAUGUAUGCUUCCAAGAAACUGUAGUUUUUAGUUAGUGAUGUAUCCAGAUUAAUGGAAUGAUUGGUGUUGCUCUGCUCAAUAC